AUGUUACGACAACAGUUCGACUCGCUACCACAACCUGAUCCGAAGGAAUACGUCGUUUCGGCAGAUCCCUCCAAUACCUUCAAGAACAGAUAUACCAAUGUUCCCUGUUUGGAUUCUUCGCGUAUCUUGCUAGAAUUCCUACUUUUCGAAGGAUGGUGGAGGUUAUAUUCAUGCAAAUCGUGUGACGUAUCCACUGUUACGAAACGAGUUUAUUCUUACGCAGGGCCCUUUACCCAGAACGAUACCCGAGUUUUGGAGGAUGGUUUGGCAGGAAAAGGUUGA